AUGUAAAAUUUAAAUGGAUCAUAGAUUUUAGAGACUAUUUAGGAUGUGUUUGAUGAGGUGAAGAAUAAGGCAUUAUUUAGCAAAAAUAUUUUAAGUGAGACAAUAGCCUAUUUGAUGGGCAGCGAGAAAUAUACAGAUAUUGAUUAUAUUAUUGAUACAGAUCAUAGUUUGUUGCUUUCUGCAAAAAACAAAUUUAAAGAAUUUAUAGCUUUAAAGCUUUGUUAGGCACAUGCCAGCUAAUAUGGCAUGAUUUACUCAGUUAUAAACUAAAUUAAAGUGCAGAAUCAUAAUUAAUUUUUUAGUUACAUUUAAGUUAACGAUAUCAAGACAUUUAGUGUUUAGAAUGAUAUAUUAAUUAUUUAUUUUGAGGAGGAGAUGUGCAAUUUAUCGCUACUUGAUAUUGUAUUGUCAUAAAAACCUAAAAGUAUUGAAUUAGAUUAGGAAUUAAAAUUAUAAAUUGUUAUAAAGAUUCUUGAUUCGCUAAAUUAUUUGCAUAAGCAGGAUUUGGUUCAUGGAAAUUUAAAAUUCAGUAACAUUUUGCAACAAUCUAAAAUUUUUAAGCUCUCAGAUUAGUUCUUAAAUAUUCAUGAUUAGCUAAAAUAAUCAUCGUUGUUGAGCUAAGAAGAAGAUGAAGAGUCUAAAAAUAUAUAGCUCUAAAGAAUAAUAUGCAAUUAUUCUAUGCAUCCUCCUGAAAUUAUACAAAAGAAGGAGCCAACUAUUUAGUCAGAUAUAUUCACUUUAGGAAUUCUGCUAUUACAAUUAGAUAAUAUAUAAAAAUUUAACUAUGCUAAUAUUGAAAGCAUUGAAAAAGACUAUGAAAAAUAUUUUUCUUAGGGAUAAAUACCUCCUCAAUUAUAGCUAUAAAGUGAAUCUAUUUUUUACAAACUUGCCAUGAAUAUGAUAAAAAAAAACCCAUCAGAUCGAAUGAAUUGUGAAUUUUAUAUUUAAAAACUAAUGCUGCAUUUGAAGGACAAGAAAUUAAAUAUGGCAAUCAGACUAGAUUCGUUUUAUGUUGAUUAUUAAUCAAAAAUUGUCAACAACUCAAAGCUGCUUAUGUAAACUAUUUAAAAAGAUCAAAAAUCUAAUUAGUAAUUAGGCGAUUAAGAAGAAGAAGAUGAGUCUAUUGAAUAAUUGAAAGAUGAAUAUGAUGAAGAUUUAAGUUAAGAGUUUCAAGAUUAAAAUGAUAAUGAAGAAGAAGAAGAGAAACAGGAUAAAUUUGAUGAUCCUAAUGACCCUGUUUUAACAAUCGAAAAUUACAUGACGAAUUAGCAAAAUACCUAAGGAUAGGAGUAAAAACAAAAGAAAAAAUCUAGUUUCUUUAACAUUCAGGUUUUUGGAGAUGAAAAUGACAAAAUUAGUUUAAAUGAAGAAUUAGAUAAUGAUAAAGUACAUCAACCUGUAAUUGUCAGUUUAAAUAACUCUAAAUUAAAUUUAUCAAGUAGGAAACCUCAAUUAAAUCACUUAAAGGUUCCCUCUUAUACUAGAUUAGAAGGGCAAAAAAGUAAAUUCUCUUCUUUUUAGUAGAUCAAUAAAUCGAUGUUAGAAGACGAUAAUGUGAUAGGAGAUGAUAAUAUUAUGGAUAGUAAAAGUGUUUAUUCAAAUAAUAAAGAUAAUGAUAUUAAAUCAAUUGAUUAGGAAGCCAAUGCCACUAAAAGUUAUAGAAAGUAAGAUGAUGAGUUGAGCAAAUAUUCGUAAGUCGAGUCUCCAGUUCACAUUAAGCUCAAAAAAGACACUCCUAGCUCGUAGAAGAUAUCUGCAAAUAACAUACAGAGAGAGAGACUUAAUUCAUAAGAAAUAAAUAAACAGUUUGAAGAAAAUUAAAAAAAAAUGUCCUAAAGAAAAUUACAAAUUUAGGCACAAAGAUCAAAUGUCAGUUAAGAAAAUUUCUCACCUCUCUAAAUAAAUCCCUCCCCUUCUUUGAGCAAAGACUAGAAAAACGAUUUAAUUUUAUUAAAUAAAUUGGUUCAAGAAAAAAAGAAUUUAAUUCCAUAAUUGUCUCUAGUAAGUAGAAUUGCAUCUUCAAACAUCUAAAGUUAGCACCAGUCUUAGAGAGAUGACUCUUUAUCUUAAAAGGUUAGCAACAUUGCUACCGAAAACAAAAUGGAAUAAAAAGACGAAAUUCUCAAACCAGAACAAAUCGAAGUAGUUGAUGAAAAAGUUGAAAUCAUUGAAGAGUAAAAAGAUAACUACGAAGUUCAAGUAAAAUGGAAUCAAGCCCUUGGAAAAAAUUCAAGAAAUGUAUUGCUCUAAGGAUUGAUAUAUGAUAUAGAAGAGAAGAACGAUAAACUCUAAAGUUUGCAAGUUGAUUUCAGUCGUUUUGAGUAAUUGACAGACGAUGAUGCUACCCGUUUCCUAACUUGUCUUUAACAGUCUUACAAGUCUUUAAAACAAUUACAUUUAAACUUCUACAAUAAUGAUUUUCUCACUUCGAACUUCAUGAACUUGCUAUUACAAAAGUUAGCUGAAUAACAAAAAAGAUGUUUUUUAUUUUUUAAGAAUCUUCUUGGAUUAGUUGAUCUUAAUUUAAAGGUAGACACAGCUAAGAUAAAUGGAUAGCUGAUUUAAAAUCUAAUUAUAAAUUAAUCAAAAACUCUCAUUAAACUGAGUUUAACACUAGGAAGAAACAUCAUAUUUUCGAACUACACAGCAGAUAAAAUUAUAUUCGAUGUAGCAAAAUGUAAACAUUUAUAGUAAAUCUUAAUAAGUAUAGCAGCUGAUCAUGAAUUUCAAAAUCAUAAAAAAUUAAAAAUGAAGAAAAUACAACAAAUUAGUUUAAUUUCUAAUGAAAUUUCCUACAACAGAUUCUUUCACAACCAAAACCUAAAUCAAAUAGUGAAAAAAUUAGAAGAAUAAACAUUUAAUAAUAAUACUCAAAAUACUCUCAAAAUCAGAAUAAUCUAAAAUAAUCAAUAAUUCUCACCAGAGUCAUUUUCAGGGCUAUUAAACUUUAUAAGAAAAUUUGAAUAUUUAUAGAAACUUACAAUAAAUAUGAGUCAUAGAAACAUUUAAAAAAAUUAAAAUAUUGAGGAAUUGGUUGAAGCACUAGCUAGUUUGAAAUUUUUAUAAGAUUUAAAUCUUAACUUUGAAUAGUAUUCAGUUAUUAACUAUGAAGCUACUUUACCUUUUUUAAAGUUAAAGGAUGCUAAAAUAUUCAUGAAAAAUGUAAUUAUUUUUAGUUAUAAUGGAUUUUCUUUUGAUUAUGUUAAAAAACAUCUGAAGAAGUCGAUAAAAAUAACUGAUUAAGUCAAAGUCUUUGGAUUCAAAAUUCCUUAAAUAUUUUCUAUUGACAAUUAAAUUGUAAAAUUGGUGGCAGCAUAUUUUUAUAAAAAUACUAUUUAAAAUUCUGAAAUUGACACUUCUCAGUUUGAUAUAAAAAGAUUUAUGAAUUUAGUCGAUGUGCAAAUUAAAGGCAGUCAGAUUUUAAUAGAUAAAGUAAUUUAAACAAUUGUGCACUAAGGAGAAAAAAUGGAGGAGCUACGAUUAAGCUAUAAGAAUUAAUCUAAAAUAGAUUCUUUAGAUAAAAGCAUAGCCUUAGUGCAUAAGCUUAAAAAUUUAAAACAUGUUGAAAUAGUUUAAGAUGGUUGGGUAGACAUGAAGUGGAUUGAAUCACUGCUAAAUUAAUUUAAGUUAAUAGUGAAUAUCAAAUAAAUUUUUAUAAGUAAUCCUCAAAUUGAAGUUAAAUUUCAUGAAGAAAACUUACUGAUCUACUCUAACACCUAAAGCAGUCUUGAAAAAGUUCUUGAUUUCUUUGAUGACCAUCAAGAUUACUUUUAAAGAAUAAAAAAUAUAUUGAUUUAAGCAAAUCAUAAAAUACUCUACAAUGAAAACCUAAGAUUGCGUAUCUCUAACAUUUUAAUAACUACAAAAAUCGUCAUUCAAAUUGUUAUAGAGCACAUAAAUAUAGAAAAUUUUGAUUAAGUAUAUCAAGUCAGUGAUAACACCUUCGAUUCAAAUAACCUUUCCAUAUCCUCUGAGAUGGUCACAACUCUAAUCAUAAACUCAUAAUACUAGCAACUUGGCACAAAAAAUCAAAGAAUUAUUUGUAAUUCUUUUGCAUAAUUCGAAAAUCUUUAAAAACUAACACUUGAUUUAAGCUAUUGUAAAAUCCACAAACAUGGAAUUCAGAUAUUGAAUAAUUCUUUAUAAUUAGCUGCUUUAUUGACACAUUUAUGGAUAGAUUUAAGUUUUACAAAUUUAGAUGAUAAGGAAAUCAUUGAGAUGAUUGAUAGCAUUAAAUAGAUAAACUUAAUUUAAGUUAUUAUGAUUAAGCUAAGGUAUACAAAUAUGAAAAAUGAAGGAAGUAAUGCAGUAUUAUCUUUGUUUAAUUCUUUUGAUGAUUUAUAAGAAAUUGAGUUAGACUUAAGUGGUAACAAUAUUAGUUUUGAGGGACUUAAGUAUUUUGAAUAAAUAUAAAAAGAGCUUCCAAAAAUAAAAAGAAUAUUUAUAGAUCUCAAAGAAGAUAUAAUAGAAGAUGAAGGAGCUUUAAUUCUAAAACAACUGUUUAAUCAUUUAAUUUUGCCAAAUGUGGAGUACAUUGAUUUAAAUUUAAAUUUAUGCAAGCUAAAAAUAAAUGGUAUUAAAGGUAUUACAUCCUCCAUCUCUGGUCUUACAACCCUUAAAUAUUUAGACCUCAAUAUGUCGAAAAACUAUAUUGAAGAUGAAUAUACAUCUCACCUCUAAAUUUUAACUGAAUAGCUACAAUUUAUUAAAAAUCUCAAAAUUAUUUAUUGA